GGCUGCUCUCGUAGUGGUUGCGAGUUGUGUUUCCUGUUUCCUACAGUGGUGCCACCGCGCGGCGUGUGCGCGCCGUCGUCUGCUAUCGUCGUCUGCGAAGACGCGGCUGUGUGUUCGUGUGUGUUGUGCUUGGAAGGAGCGCUUGCUCGCAACAGGCCUGCGCUGCUCUCAGCUGUUUCUUUCACGUCGUCUUUUCAUCAGACGGUGUUUGUCGCGGUACGCCCGUCGUUCCACAUCGCCAACGAUUGCCGCGGCACUACAGAAAACGUCCCGAUCUCGGUCAAUCGACGCACGGACGCCCCGUCCAGGUGUAGUGCGUUUUUCGUCGGUACUCCCCCAGGUGUACUGCGUUUUUCGUACGCGGGGGUACGCCGUCUGCUUGAAGCAGACGACGCGGAACGCAGACGACACGCUGCGGGUGUAGCAGAAGUAAUCGCCCGUCUGUUCCGAGUAGGUGAGCGUGUUAGCAGACGUCGUCGGUGCGUUUUAACGGCCGCGGCGGCGGGGAGCCGCCGAACACCGAUGCUGUUGCGGCUGCCUUUCGGUUCCGUGCCGAGAGACGACGAAUCUAUGCGUCCCGGCUGAAGUAACAGUAGUUAUUGUUUCGCAGUGAAUCGCUCGCCUGAAGGAGCGCGCGAGAAGAUUCUUUCGUUUUGCGACGCAGCCUCCGAGAAGACACAUCAACAAACAUGCGCUUCACGCGGCUGGCUGCACAGCUGAGCGGCGGCGGCGUCACUCCGCAGCUGCCGUCGACUCGCAUCGUGUUCGCCAUUCUCAUCGCGUCGUCGGUGUUUACUACAACGGUUGCGGAUGAUGACAGUGCGUCGUCUUCGUCGCUUCAACAACAUCACGACGACUUGUCGUCGUGUCCUCCUGACGACCAGUGCGACACGAAGAAGUGGUGCUCGGCGAUCGCCGCCGCCGGUGUCGUAGCAGACGACAAGAAGAGCGUAAUAGACGACGAGUACGAUCACGGAGUCAAGUGUUUGGACGAGCAAGUCGUGGAUCGGUGCGGUUGCUGUCGGGAGUGUGUGCGCGGCUCGCCGGGCCUGCCUUGCGGCGGAAUCCGGCGCCGUGGUGUGUGCGCGGCGCCCCUCGAAUGCCUCGCCGACGUCGCCGUCGGCAGGAUCGCCGAGCCCCACGAGGAAGGCACCUGUCACGAGCGCAACUGUUCGGCCAUCGUGUGUCCAGUAGUGGCGUCCAAGCCGUGUCCAGAGGACAGCUACGCGCUGCCGUCGCAAGUGUCCCCCAAGAGCUGCUGUCCCAUCAGUGGAGGGUGCGCCUGCCUCCCCAACGACUGCCUCGGGAAGGACUGCCAGCCCGACGAGGUGCGCCGCCUGGUGAAGACGGGGAACAGCAAGCCCGGUUCCUGUUGCGAUACCUAUGAGUGCGUUCCCGCCAGCGGUGACCGCGUGUGUCACGUGGGCAAGGAGACGUACAAGAAUGGCGAGACGUGGCACACCAAGUGCAGCACCUGCUCGUGCCGCAACGGCGUCGCCAUGUGCAACGACAACGUCUGCAAGGGCGUCGACACGCACUGCUCGUGGCUGCACAAGCCCGAGGGAGAGUGCUGCCCCGUGUGCCUCGGUUGCCUGACUUCGUCAGGGCUGCGCUUCAACAAUGGUGAACGGUGGAAGGAGGACGACUGCACCUGGUGCGAGUGCAUAUCGGGCAAGGCCAAGUGCGAGGCACAGAUGUGCCAGACCAAGUGCGCCAAUCCGGUCAAGAAGCCCGGCGUCUGCUGCCCCGUCUGCGAAAAAUCGCCAUCGUCAUCACCUUACCCAACCCACGGCGCGGCCAACCACACGAGUUUGUCUCGGUCGUGCCCGCGUGAUGAUCGAAGCGUGUGGCGAGAUCAGUGCCGCCAUUGCGCAUGCCUGAACGGUCACGAGGUCUGCUCCCUCGUGGCAUGCCCGCGAACCUACUGCGAGCACCCCAUCAUGGAACCCGGAGCCUGCUGCCCUGUGUGCCAAAAUGACGCAGCCAGCCCAUUCCAUUGGCCACCAGCAGGCACUGGCGUGUGCCAGGGUCUGGACGGCCACAUCCACCGCGAGGGGGACAGCUGGUGGCUGGACGAUUGUGUCCGGUGCGAGUGCGUGGAUGGCAUGGCCCUGUGCGACACCAUGCAAUGCCCUCCAGCACCGUGCGCCAACCCGACGAGGAAACAGGGACAAUGUUGUGCCACCUGCACAGAAGAGGAACAACUGGGCAGCAACCAGUCCAACCAGCUGCCGUGUGCGGGUGGGUACAAGGACGGCCAGUCGUGGCGCCCUGAGCCCUGCCUGAGCUGCCUGUGUCGCGCCGGCAAGGAGCGCUGCUUCCGUGAAACCUGCCCACCCCUGACGUGCUUGGAGCCACUGUUUCUCAAGAAUCAUUGCUGCCCCAUCUGCCCAACAGCUACAUCUUCCAAGGCAUCCCCGGUCUGCAGAACGGACGGGAAGGUGUAUGCCGACGGGGCGUCCUGGUCUCCCGACAACUGCAAGCGCUGCCACUGCACCCUAGGUCAGGUGCAGUGCUCCGAGAUGGGCUGCCCUCCAAACAUGUGCCGAUCGGCCAAUCACACGUCGGGGAGCUGCUGCAUACCUUGCUCAACGGAUGGAGCCAUUCGAGCGCCAAACCAGUGGCAGUGCACGCGAGGUGGCCUGGUGCUCGCCGACGGGGAGCAGCGCGUCAUCGACAAUUGCAAUCGCUGCGAGUGUAGCCGCGGACACCUGCACUGCCAGGAGACCGUCUGCCACCAGGACUUGUGCCGAACCCACAACCACAGCUCUGGCAACUGUUGCGUGCAGUGCGCUGAACUGCACCAUUACAUCAAGAGCACCAGCAGCGACGUGGUCGGCUACGUGAUUGCUAUCGUGAUCCUGGUGACCAUCAUCCUGGCUCUCAUGUGUGUGGCUUGCUUGUGGAGGCGGAAGAACACCAGGCCGUUCAACAAGCCCAAGCCAACACACUACCAGAAGACUGCUAACGGCUACGUCUGAGAAACCGAAGUCAGCCAUGUCUCUACUUCGCAGUUUUUCUCGGCACCUUCGUCCCUCCCCCCACUUCCCCAAGAUGCUCCUGGUCUUUUUCUUCAAGUGCGUGCACUUUGUGAUAUCGAGUAUUUAUGCCAAAGCUGGCAAGAAUGACCAGAACUAUAGCAGCGACACCAAGGUUACCGACCCCUGCAUAUGGCAAGGACACCGACAUGACCUUGAGAACUGCUUCGUGACCUUGUCGAAAGAAUUGUCACGCCCUCGUCAUGGCUAUCUUGAGACGACUGUCGAGAUUUUGUCGAGGCAACUGCAUCACAGCCUUGCCAGGGAAGUUGUGCCGUGACUUUGUCAAGUGUGUCACGACUUUGUAAAGAAAACUGCGUCAUGACCUUGCGGAGGAAGUUGUGUCAUGACGUUGUCAACAGUGUCACAACCUUGCCAAGGGAGUUGUCAUGACCUUGUCAAGUGCAUCCUGACCUUGUAAAGACAACGGUGUCACGACUUCACAAAGGGAACUGUGUCACGACCUCGUCCAGAGAACUGUGCUGUGCGUCAGAUCUCCCGUGUUCGUGCAGACUUUAAAAUCCGUGACACAGACUGCUUGAGCAGAGGAGCGAGUGAGGCACCGUGACAUAUCCGAGAACAUGUGCUGGACUAUAAGGCUGUGUGCUGUGGCAGAAGGAAUGGUGAACGAUUUUGGUUUCGGAUAGCGUAGGCAUUUCAGUGCUUACGCAGAAUUCCUUUUAUUGGAUGUGCAUUUGUGGACUGUACCCAUGUAUUGUGCUGCUCCUCACGUAUUUGAAAAUAGUUCCGUGCACCUUCUCGAAGUAACGUAGAAACGGGAGUGAAUUGUGUGCCAGCUCUGCAUGGUGGAUGUGUAGCCAAAAGGCAAAGCACGAAAUGACUCUGUGCCAUAAUAGGCAGACAGGUGAUGUUUGUCAUAUGUGGGUCACUAAGAUGUAUGAUCUCGCGUAUACUGCUUUGACGACUUUGUCCCACAUGAGGUAAAAUAUCUGCACAGGGGCGUGUUCUUACAGUGUGUCCUUCUGCCAUCACAAGAACAUGCAGAUUUCACAGCAUGCUGAAAGAAAGAUAAUGAGAUAGCAUGCACAUUGCGUGCGGCUCGAGGCAGUUCAAUACAAUGAGAAACUUUUCAACGGCUUGGUUCACGCUAUCGAGCAGUGAAAAAUCGUGAAUACGUCUUUUGCUUCCUUGCUUCACAGUCACUGAAGACCACGAAAGAUUUUCAGUGACGUAAGUGAAAGACAUAAGGACAUUGUACAUAUACAAGUUAUUGUCAACAAAGUUUAAGUCCGCCGCGUCAAUGCAAAAAUAACGAGAGUGAAACGAAAAGAUGUGUUCGUGUCGGAGUUGUGUGCUUUCGUCAAUGUCGCGCCUCACGGCGAUUACGGUGUCACUCCCUUUUGAGUCUUUUACGCUCAGCAUGGGGACAAUUUGUUUAGCUUGGGAACACUUGCUUAUAUAGGAGGCACUUGUGUGGUUUUGCCCCAGAAAAGAACUUGAAGGAAAUUCAUUAGCAUAAAUUCUUCAAGUUGUGUUCAUUGUUUAGGCCGAAUUCCUGCGAGGCUACAAGGGUAGUUUUUGAAGCGUUCAGCUGCCUUCACUUUCAACCACUGCAUUUCUGUUUGUUUAACAUCCAGAGACAAGUAAGACUGCAGACUGAUCACUGCACUGCCUUGCACAAGAAAAUGCGUGCAGCAGGACUACCUAAUUGGCAACAUUUUAUAAGAUCCUCUGCACUUUUAUUUAUUAAGUUCAUAAUUUAUAAAAUUUUUAUUGAUUGACCGUAUGCUUCAAGCUUCUCUCAGAGACUAAACCUUCAGUAUGUCCAGCUGAAAUUCGCACUUCAAUUAUGUUAAUGUUAAUUAGUAGGAGCAUACUGUAUAGUUACCCAGAAUGCUGGAAAACUCUACGUUGUGUGUGACAGUAUGCUAUAAGAACUUUUUUUAUCCAGUGAUACAUAACAAAGAUGUAGUUGAACCUCGAUAUAACGAAGCUGUGAAGAUCUCAACUAUUGCAUUCAAACUUUAUUACAUUGCACUACCUUAAAUAUGCAUGGACAUUUUUUCCUGUAGGAUUUUUUUCUAAUGAAGUCAUAAACAAUCAGACAUAUACAACCAAGUGAGUGCAAAUGCCCUCCGUAAUUUGCACUUAUACCUCAAUCUUCACUCUGUGGAAGCUGUUAAAUUUUGUAAUGCCAAAAUUGUGGACAAACACACUUUGUUAACCGGUGCUAGAAAUAUAAGCGAUAUGAUUCGCUACAAUGGAGUUCAUUAUAUCGAGGUUCAACGGAAGUUGUAACUUUCAGUGUCACACUUACUGCUGCAGAGAGCAGACAGUACCUUGUAAAGUUUUUAGCAUAGUGUGUGAUGUCAUAGUUGCCAACCGUGGUGUACUGUUCCGGAUGAUGCUCUGCCUGUUGUUCGAGCUUCUAGCGAAAGCCCGAAUGAAAUGGCAGUGUUAUAUAUAUAUAUAUAUAUAUUUUUUUCUUUCUGUGAAGUAGACGGCGAUGAGAGUGUGAACAGUGCACUGUCUGUUCAAAAUAAGAUUUUAUGAGACGAGUAAAAGAUGCAACCUUAUUUGUGUUUCCAUUCCUCCAGAACACUGUGGACAUUUUUUUUAGUCUUUUAGCAGAAGCACAACGUGUAUAUUUAUGACUUUUUUCUUCGGUUGUGUGAUUUAUCGACUGUGCACGUGUGUGUGAGUGACGGAUGAAAAGAACGCGGAGCGACAGCUUUUCUUCCUCCUCCUCGGCUCGGUGUUGGCCACAAAUAAAAAUCUGAACAUUUUACUGUA